AUGCGUUCCUUUGCCAUCCAGUCCGUAAGGUCUCUCAGGACGAUCCGUACCACAUCAGCCUCGGAGCCGUUCUUGAGCACCAGAUCAGCAAGCAGGGUAUCAACGCCAGCGAGCCAAGCGAUCUCGGAGACUGCUAAACAAGAGGGAGGCACCGUGAAGGGCUCUACCUCCGCUCAGAUGCAGAGCGAGGUUGGGAAACAACAGAAUUUCGAGCAGGCUGCGCAGGAGGUCGGCAGUAAGAUGCAGAAUGCACCAGACCAGGUCACACAAGAGGAUGCCGCAUACAUCCAUUCGAGGGAGGGUCGAGUCCUUGGUCGAUCCAACCCACCACCAGGCUCAAUCACCUCCGAAGCUGAGGCAUUGGCGGCUGCUAACGAAGGUCGACCGAACACCGGGAACGCCAGCCAGGCCACGGCCCCAGGUUCAAACAGCCAGUCUGCGCAGGAUCGCUCAGACAAUUUCGAGAAGGCCUCAGCGCAGGUAGGCCAGAAGAUGGCGACGGAUCCCGAGUCCGUCACGAAAGGAGAUGGGGAUUUGCUGCAUUCCCGAGAACAGCGUGCUUUCGGGACUACUAGCAAGGGCGGCAUUGCCAGUCAAGCACAGAGUCUGGCGCGGGAGAACCAGGAGAAAGGAACAGCUUGA